GCUGCGGGCGGGGAUCCAUCAUGUCGGGAGAAGAAGAUCCUUCGGGGCAGUCGGUCGCAGCUGAGUGUCGAGUGCGGGCCGCCAUCGACCGCCUCUGCCAGGACCUCAACCUGGACGCGGGCAGCGCCGCGCAGGCCCUGCGGGACUUCACAGCGCUGCGAGGCACCUACAGCCUGGAGGGGGAAACUAUACAUUGGUUGGCAUGUGCUCUGUAUGUUGCUUGCCGUAAGAGUAUAAUCCCUACUGUAGGAAGUGGCCUAAUGGAAGGAAAUUGCGUCUCAUUGACAAGAAUACUACGUUCAGCAAAGCUAAGUUUAAUUCAAUUUUUUAGUAAAAUGAAAAAAUGGAUGGAUAUGUCAAACCUGUCCCAGGAGUUCCGAGAGAGAGUAGAGAGGCUGGAAAGAAACUUUGAGGUGUCCACAGUGAUUUUCAAGAAAUUCAAACCAAUAUUUUUGGAUAUAUUUCAAAAUCCUUAUGAGGAACAACCAAAGUUGCAGAGAAGCAGGAAACAAAGACGAGUGCCUUGCAGUGUUAAAGACCUAUUCAACUUCUGCUGGACACUAUUUGUUUACACAAAGGGUAAUUUCAGUAUGAUUGGAGAUGAUUUAGUGAAUUCCUAUCAUUUGCUUCUGAGCUGCUUGGACCUAAUUUUUGCAAAUGUGCUUCUGUGUCCAUAUAAAAAAGACUUAUUGAAUUCAUCUUUUAAAGGUUUGCCAGCAAACUUCCAUGCAGCAGACUUCAGGGCCUCUGAAGAACCUCCGUGCAUUAUUGCUACGCUCUGUGAAUUACAUGAUGGCCUUUUAGUUGAAGCCAAGGGCAUAAAGGAACAUUAUUUUAAACCAUAUAUCUCAAAACUCUAUGAUAGAAAGAUUUUAAAAGGCGAUUGUCUCUUGGAUCUUAACAACUUUGUAGACAACAACAAAGCAUUGAAUAAGGAAUAUGAAGAAUAUGUUCUGACAGUAGGUGAUUUUGACGAGAGAGUUUUCUUAGGAGCAGAUGCAGAAGAAGAAAUUGGAACUCCUCAGAAGUUCCAUAGUGACAUGCCAGGGGGGAAGGUAGCAAUAAGAGUUCAUAUGGAGUGUCAUCUUCAACAGCAUUUUGAGAAGAAAAGAUCUUUUGCACCUUCCACACCCUUGACUGGCAGAAGAUACCUGAGAGAGAAAGAAGCAGUAAUUACUCCAGUUGCUUCUGCAACACAAAGUGUAAGCAGGCUACAGAGUAUUGUAGCAGGGCUGAAAAGUGCACCAAGUGAACAGCUUCUAGCUACUUUUGAAUCUUGUGUACGCAACCCAGUGGAAAAUAUCACAAACAGAGUAAAAGAUAUAGGAGAAGCUUUCUGUCAGAGCUACACUCAGUCAACUGAUGACCAGCCAGGAUCACACAUAGAUUUUGCUGUAAACCGAUUAAAAUUGGCUGAAAUUCUUUAUUAUAAAAUUUUGGAGACCAUAAUGGUACAGGAAAUGAGAAGGCUGCACGGGAAAGACAUGACUGCUCUUUUAGAACAAGAUAUUUUCCAUCGUUCCCUAAUGGCAUGUUGUUUGGAGAUUGUGCUCUUUGCAUAUAGUUCAUCACGAACCUUCCCAUGGAUCAUCGAAGUUCUUAACCUCAAACCAUUCUAUUUUUAUAAGGUGAUUGAAGUCUUGAUUCGGUCAGAAGAAGGCCUCUCUAGAGAUACGGUGAAGCAUCUCAACAGCAUUGAGGAACAGAUUCUUGAAAGUUUAGCCUGGACAAAAGAUUCUGCACUGUGGGAUGCACUCCAAGCAUCAGAAAACAAAGUUCCCACCUGUGAAGAAGUAGUAUUCCCAUGUAAUUUUGAAACAGGAAAUGGGGGAAGAGGACUGGGACAUCUGCCUACGAUGCCAGUGUCUCCUAUAGUGCAUCCUCGAGUAAAGGAAGUUCGGACAGAUCUCGGGGGAAAUCUUAGACGGGAUAUGCAGCCAUUGUCUCCAAUCUCAGUUCAUGAACGCUACAGUUCUCCUGUGGCAGGAAGUGCUAAGAGAAGGUUGUUUGGAGAUGAAGGCCCUAAAGAAACACCCACUGAAAAGAAUCUAAGUGAAGGAACUAGGCUAAAAAUAGUCCCAAUGCCAAGCUUUGCUGAUGAAAAUGUGUCUGUGUCACCUGAACAGACAGUUCUUACCAUGGCAACUGCAACAGUAACGGGAGCAACAGGACAGACAAUGACAAUCCCAUUGCAUGGUAUUGCAAAUAAUACUGGAGGAAUCACUUUGAUACCCAUUUCAGUCAACCUGCCUCAGGAAUCUAAAGAGGAUGGCCAUGGACAAAUGCCCCUCACUGCUCAAGCUUUAGUAAGUGUUUCCCCACGUCAACACCAUGUAACUCAAGCACAAGACAUGUAUCAGCCAACAGGAAGCAAGCCAAAGAAAACUGGAUCCUUGGCACUAUUUUUCAGAAAGGUAUAUCAUCUGGCAAGUGUACGCCUGCGUGAUUUAUGCUUAAAACUGGAUGUUUCUAAUGAUUUGCGGAGAAAAAUGUGGACAUGUUUUGAAUUCACGUUAGUUCAUUGUACAGAUCUAAUGCAAGACAGACACUUGGAUCAGCUCCUUCUCUGUGCAUUUUACAUCAUGGCAAAAGUAUCCAAAGAGGAAAGGACUUUUCAGGACAUAAUGAAAAGCUAUAGAAACCAGCCACAAGCAAAUAGCCAUGUCUACAGAAGCGUUUUGUUGAAAAAAAUGCCAAUGGAGGUAGAUAUAAAACAAGAAGAGCACUCCCCUCAGAAGAUAAGCGAUUCACCUGUAAGAAAAACACCAGAAAAUUCCAGAAACUUGGAAAAUGAGGAGAGAGGGGAUCUGGUAAAAUUCUACAACACCAUCUAUGUAGGAAGAGUGAAAACAUUUGCAUUAAAAUAUGGUAUUUCCAACCAGGAUCAUGUGGUGGAAGCACCGCCGCUUUCUCCCUUUCCCAGCAUUAAACAACAGCCAGUGUCUCCUCGGCGGAUAUCCCAGCAACACUCUGUUUAUGUUUCACCACAUAAGAAUGGUGCUUCCUUGACACCUAAGACUGGAUUGUUGUAUAAAUUUAAUGGGAGUCCUUCUAAGAGUUUGAAAGAAAUCAACAAUAUGAUAAAAGAAGGAGGACAGAAAACUAAGAAGAGAGCAAUAUCAAUUGAUAGUGAUACAGAUUCACCAGCUAAGAGACUGUGCCAGGAAAAUGAUGAUGUUUUACUUAAACGCCUUCAGGAUGUUGUCAGUGAAAGAGCAAAUCAUUAGGUCAGCUGUUGAGAACUUAACUUUUGUUGAGAUUUGUUUCUUUUAGAUCAAAAUCCCCUUCAUCCCCCCUCCCCUUUUUCUCCAUGGUAGGUAACAGCAGCAUUAAAAGUACUAUGUUUUAUGCUUUCUUUUAACCUUUCUAAUUCCACUGUUAAUGAAGCUUUCAACAGUUACUGAACUGAUGACAUAAUGUUUACAGCAUUGUUUUGAAGUUUAUUUUGAACCUAAGCUGUGAGAAGGUAUGCAUUUGGAAACCGGCUAAUUGCUUUUGACGCUGGUAUUUAGCGUUUAGGAGCCAAUUCCUAAGAAGCUGAAAGUUUUCAGAUUGCAACAAUUCAAUAUGAGGAGAGCACUAAUCGGUUAUACUUUAGUGUAGUUGUUCUCUUGGUGUGAAGUUCACUUCAAAAUACGGUUGUGGCUUAAUUCUUUAAAAGAAAACAAUUUCCUUCUGUACAUUAUUUUAAUGUGAAGUAAGAUUGGAAGAUCUGGUAUAUUUAGUCAUGAAUGUACUAAAGCCAGGUGUCUUUCACUCCCUAGUCUAGUGUAGACAGAGAUCACCUUUUAAUCAAAUGUUUGCAUAGCGUUUUAAUAUAAACUAUGCAUUCAACUGUAAAGUGCUGUGCUCUUAACUACUGGUAGCAUGGCAACAGAUUCUGUGAUAGGAACUAAACAAAGAUUUGGGACUAUAAUUGGGGGGAUUGACUGGGGUUUUUUUUCCAGUUUGGAAGAGAUUAAUAUUGUAGAGGUAAAAGUGGUAUGCAGUGUUCUAUCAUAGCCCAUAUUGGGGGAAUUUGCAUUCUCUUGCUACCUCGUUUUGAAUUUGCUUUCCUCCAGAAAGAAGAAAUCCUGCUUUUGGAUGGAAGUGUUCCUUGUAAUUCCCAAGUUAACUCUUCUUCAGCACUACAGAGGCAUAUGUACUGUAUGUUAAUUGUGAAACGCAUGUAGCUCAUAAGUUUUGCACCUGUUAUUCAUGGAUUAACAUGGUUGCUGACUCUUGAAGCCUAGAUGCACACUGCAGCAACUCUUGUGGGAAGAAGCUAGAUAUGUUUAGAAUCCCAAAGAUGUGCCUCCAUCCCCACAGGUGUCCUGACAGGCUGAGGAGACUAGAGCGGCUUGAAGAGUCAGCUAACUACUUUUCCUGUUCUCUGAACGAGGCAAAGCAUUGUGCCUCAGGGCAGGAGUCAUAGUAUUGCCGGCUCGCUAAGGUGCUAGCUAGUGUUUUGUUUUAAAUUUAAAUCUUCUGGUAUUUUAGUGGGGGUGGAGCAGGGGAGAUUUGGCAGUUUUGACCUCUGUUCCCUUGAUAAAUGCUGGAAGAUAGGAGGGGGGCUGCUAACAACAAAAGGAAAUUACUUCCUCCUUUAAUACUCUAAGGUAUUUUCUCAUUACUGGGACUGCCGGGAAAAUUGAGGGAUGAUUCAUCAUUUCUCUACCUAUAGGGAUAGUUGCAGGAUGGAGACUUGGGAUUCUAAACAAUCAGAGCAGGUUGUUUCCCCUGUGUAUGUUGUAAUGGAUAGCGAGACUCUUACAUUCCUAUUAAAAGAGGGUUUUUUUCCUGAAAAGCAUGUAUCAUUUGUGUAGUAUCUACACAAAAUAUAAGCUUUAUCAAAUUAGAUGAGCUUGUACAUAAAAUUACGUAGCUAUAUAACAGGGGUUUGACAUCUUUUCUGUCAUUGGCAAUGGGCGUCAAGCCAAUAUUCAACUCUAAUUUCUUAAAUGUUUGUAAAGAGAGUUUGAUUAGGAAUAUUUUCAUCAUUUGUGUGUAGGACCACUCUCUUGUUUUGUUCAUUACUUGUGAGUAUUCAGAGAAAUAACCAUAAGAUAAUCCUGUAUUUUGUAUUAUUUGUUUAUGUGGUUGUCGGUAAUGGUUUGGAUCCUACCAUUUCUUUCCUUGGACACAGAAGUGUUUUCUGGCUUAAGAAUGCUAGUGCCGAGACUUCUCCUGGUACCAUAGAGUCUUGAAUCACUUCCAAGGGACAAAAUGGUGGGAUGUUUAUUGAACUUGUUUCCAUAAGCAUCUCAUCAAAUGUAAUUGUAAUAUACCAAUUUUUAAUUUAAUUUAGAAGUACGAGUAAUCUAACAAAUUGCAGUGUAGUUAUUAGAAUUGUGGCUUCCAGGAAAACAAAGCUAAGAAACCAACUGUUGGUGUUACAAUAAGCAUCAGUGCAUUUGUGCUUCAUUAAUGUAUAGGGUUUCCUUUCAUCGCUAAUUUAGCUAUAUUUAGAUCACAGGAUCUAAAUAUAUUCUGCUUUUGUAGAAUAUAGUAACUCUUGACAAUUGCUUUGAAAAGGAUAUAUUUUGCUUUUCAAAGCAUCUUGAUCAUGUUAAACUUUUUACAUUAUACACUGUGAUAAAACAUACACCCAACUUAAUACAAUUUCAUCUACAAACGUGGUUAUUCUAAAUGUUUUUCUCUAAUCAGUUGGUCUUAAUUUCUCGUGUGAAUUUAUCUGCCCUAUAGACACAUUUAUAUUCUUAAAUCUUGUAUUAAAAGGCUGAUGUUGAAAUUCUUACUAAUCAUGAUUUAAUGGUUUCUAGUAAUUACUGCAUUUUUACUGCUGGUCUUAAUACUUCUUACUAAAUUUGGCCUAGAAAAAAGCUAGUGGAGCUACAGUUCUGCUUACUGGAAGUGGUUUUUAUAAAACUUUAUGCUUUGGAAACAUCCUUGUAAAAAUAAAUCUUAAAAUAAAACAAAAUUCUGACUUA